ACGUUAGGACAUAAUUGUCCAACAACGCCCUAAAUUGGGUGCGCUCUUAGCAAAAACAAAGGUGCGCCGAUGCCUGGAUAAAAGGCGGGGGGUUUUCUCUCCCUUCUCCAGUGCAGUGAUAUAAAGAUUUCAUCCCCUACGAAGGUGAAGCUUCAUUAAGAAGGAAAUAUGGCUUCCAUGUCAGCCACCACUGCCCUAAGAGCCACCUUCCAUCAACACCGCCUGAAUUCCGUUGUCUCUUCCUUCCCCACCGCCGUCACCCUCCCCUCUUCCACUAAGCCUGUGUCCAUUUCUUGCAACUCAACAGCCAACGCCGCCGUUGCACAUGUCCAAACUCCACCGCCCUCCGCUGUUUCUUCAGAUCGGGUCUUCAACUUCGCGGCUGGUCCUGCCACUCUCCCCGAGAACGUGCUAAGGAAGGCACAGGCUGAGCUCGUCAAUUGGAACGGCUCCGGCAUGUCGGUGAUGGAGAUGAGCCACCGUGGAAAGGAGUUUCUAUCCAUUAUCCAGAAAGCAGAGGCAGAUCUGCGGGCUCUCCUCGGCAUCCCUGAUGAAUACGCCGUCCUCUUCCUCCAGGGCGGCGCCACCACACAAUUCUCCGCCGUUCCGCUCAAUCUCUGCUCCCCUGAAGACACCGCCGAUUUUAUAGUCACCGGAUCGUGGGGAGACAAGGCUUACAAGGAAGCCGGAAAGUACUGCAAGCCCAAUCUGAUCUGGUCGGGCAAAUCGGAGAAAUACACCAAGAUCCCGAGCUUCGAGUCUCUAGAACAAUCCUCGAACGCCAGGUAUUUGCAUAUAUGCGCCAAUGAGACGAUUCACGGCGUGGAAUUCAAAAAUUACCCCACGCCCGGAAACCCUAGCACCAUUCUAAUCGCCGACAUGUCGUCGAAUUUCUGUUCGAAACCCGUGGAUGUUUCCAAAUUCGGGAUCAUCUACGCCGGAGCUCAAAAGAAUGUUGGCCCUUCCGGCGUCACCAUAGCUAUAAUCCGGAAAGAUCUGAUCGGAAAUGCACAACCAUCCACACCGGUGAUGCUGGACUACAAGAUCCACGCGGAUAAUAAUUCACUGUACAACACUCCCCCAUGUUACGGGAUUUACAUGUGUGGGCUAGUUUUUGAAGAUCUCUUGGGACAGGGAGGGUUGGGAGAAGUGGAGAAGAAGAACAAGAAGAAAGCUGGAAUUCUGUAUGAGACCAUUGAUUCAAGCAAUGGGUUCUACAGAUGCCCGGUUGAGGAAUCAGUGAGGUCAUUGAUGAAUGUGCCCUUCACAUUGGCGAAAUCUGAGUUGGAAGCAGAGUUUAUAAAGGAGGCGGCUGCUGAGAAGAUGGUGCAGCUUAAAGGACAUAGGUCAGUUGGAGGAAUGAGAGCUUCAAUUUACAAUGCUAUGCCAUUGGCCGGAGUUGAAAAGCUUGUUGCUUUCAUGAAGGAUUUCCAGGCCAGGCAUGGUUGAUUGAUUGAAUGAUGCAAUAUUGAACUAUAUCCAUUUUUGCAAUUUUGAUUCAAGGUAUUGAAGAACUUUUUGUUUCUUUGGUUUUUCCAGUUCUGGGGUUGAUGCUAAGCAUUGAAUUGAUGAUGUGUUUUGUUUAUCUUAUCUGUUCUUGUUUUUCCUUGUAAGAGCUUAGAAGGUAUGAAUUGAAAGUAUAAGAAAAAGGCAUUUGCCUUUGUUGGUCAUUUGGUUUUCACUCUUUACCAUUGGAUUCUUGAAUUGUUGAUUAUAAAAACUCAGAAAGUUGUGAAGUAAUGCCAAACCGGUUAAUCUUAA